CCUUGGCCAGAGUCCACGUAGCUGUGAGUGUAUAUAAGGAGUUCAGAGAUGAUGAACCUCACAGCCCUGCACACUCAGGCAGCUCGAGAAGUGACGGAGACGCACAGCAGCAGAGAUCCUUCAUAUCUGAGAAGAACAAACCAGUUGAAGACUGAGCCUUCAGUAGAUCCUCCACUCAAUACUUGAAAAGCUUUAAGAUGAAGACAAGUGUUGCCAUCCAGUGCAUCGUUCUCCUGGCCUGCAUGGCCCUUUGCACUUCAUUAAUUAUUCCAAGGUGCCGGUGUUUGAAGACCAGUAAGUUUGUAAGAGGUCCCAUCACUGAAGUUAAGGUGGAUGAGCCUCGUCAAUACUGCAACAGGAGAGAAGUCAUAGUCACACUGAAGGAUGGGAGUGAACGGUGUCUCGAUCCUCAGUCUAAAUUCACCAUAAUGCUGCUAGAAAAACUGAAUCAGAUGAAAAAUACCACAGUCAGCCCUUAUACAACGACAGCAUCGGCUGCAGUGCCAGAAUCAUCAUGAUGCACUUUGCAUGUUUAGUGCUGUUACAACAUGUGUGGAUUAAGAAGAAGGAGCAGCACAGCUCUCGUUCUCAUCACAAAAUAUAAAUGCAUUUAAUUCCUCAGCCUGUCUUCAGGCUUAAGUUGUGAUUACUAAGCAUAUGCACAUUUAUAUAUCUGCAUCUAUAUAUAUUUAUUUUUGUAAAGUAUGUAACACAAACAUUAAUUUAUUUGUGCUAUUUUAACAUUUUCACAGGUGAAUUUAAUGUAUAUUCGUACCAUGUUUGUCUCUUUGAUUCUGAAAUGUACAACAGUGACUCCGACUCAAUAAAUCUUUAAGUUGUUGAAUAAGUUACAUCUUUUCACUUUAUUAUAACGACUAAAUAAUGUUUUAAUUGUAAGGAGCCAGAGGAAAUAUUAGACAAACAGGAAAAUACAAAGAGGGAAAGGUGCAACCAGCACAACAACAACAUAAAAAAAACAAAAAAAUGAAACAAAUCGAAUGAAACACUGCCUUUAAAAUCGCAAAAGUAAUCAGCUGCUUCAG